AUGGCCGAAUCACUCGGUCAACCUUCUUCAAAAAGCCAGGAACAGGAAAUAUACGAGCGAGAUACAUCGCUCUACAAAGGUUAUCUAGUUGAUUGCGAGUUUGAACGUCUGCAGAGGAAAUAUCAUUGGGAAACGGCCGAUCUCGCUCACCAAACCGAUAUCGAGCAUGCUCUCUCAUCUCUCGCUAUUGACAGGGUCAAAGCGCAAGAAGGAUUCGCGAACCAUCUGCAAUUUAUUCUUCUGCCUCAGCUGCUAGGACAAAUCUGCUCGCUCUCGAUAGUGCUAGAACUCCCCAGCUUACUAGAUGAACCUGAAUCAAAUCUCAAUCUCGUCUUGAAGCUCCAGAAGGACCUCGAUUGCAGCUUGAACCAAAUUCAAUGUGUCAUUGCCGCCCUAUGCCCAAAAGCUACUUUUCUGCCAAAAAGAGCCGAUGACCAUCAUCUCAAAGGGUUCAAAUCAUAUCGACUUAACCGCGUGAAAAUGAGCUUGCCAAUGCUGGCCUGGGACAUGUGUGACAUAUUUGAGUCUGCCAAUGAACUCAUUCAAAAGACAGAACUCUCAUCGGUCCCGUCCUUGGCUGGCUGCGACGCCGAUUCUCUCCAACGACGCUUCUUUGGAUGCAUUGUGCGUGCGGGGAAGGCGAUCCAGAGGAUGACGGCCCGGUUCAAAUUAUCUGACCUUGCCAUCGCCCAAGAUCUAUGGGAAACUGCAAGAGGGUCCAUAGAAAACGAUCUACAGUUUGUCAUCAGGACGCUCAACCGACCAAGUUAUUCAACCACGGUCGAAAACCAGUCCCAACAAGCCGCCGAAUUUGGCGUUAUCAUCCAGCUAACAAAAUUGAUGCUACCGAUAUUGAAACUAUCGAGGAUGUUUCUGGACAAGCUGUCGAAUCGUGGCUUGGCUAACGAACGCCUUCCAAUGUUCGCGGAGAUCUGUUCCGACCAAAUCGACACUCUGGCCAACUCCGCUGGAGACGUGGCUCGAGAUCUCCGGUGCCUUGUGCAAAAGCUAUGUUUUGCUGAUGGUCCUGCCGAAGGUGUCACAAGCGACGAUUUGACUAGCCUGGCUAAAUCACUAAAAAGUCGCUUUGAGUCCCCAUUGCUUCUUGUACUUAUGUACUUUGUUCCUUUGAUUCCAGACCCGGAUGGUCUCAACGUUCCACAAAAACAUUACACCAGGUGGUGUGCGACUUGGAACAAUAUGAUGGCUCUAGCAACUCAUAACUUUACACGUGUUGCCGAAUCAUUUGUCGGCAUACCCUGA